UUUGAAAAAAAUGUUUGAAAUUCAAAUGCGUUAAAACAUAAAAACGAUUAAAAAAUGUGGAAUUGGUUUUCUGGAAGAACUGGAAGUCAGAAUAGGAGAGCUAUUCCACCGCAGAGGACAACAACAAAAACGGGACAAUUUCCUAGCAAUGGAAAGAAUAGAAGAUUAAAGACAAGACGAGAAAUGGAACAAUUGAAAGGACAACUUCCUGAAGACUUUCGCAACAUAUCUGAGGGAACGUUCGCCGAAAUGUCCAAAAUUACUAACGACUUGUAUUUGACAGGAAUUUUUGGACUAACAAAAGAAAACUUUGAACAAAACAAUAUAACAAAUGUAAUUAAUGCCACUUACGAGGCGCCAGACAUUGUUAUUAAAGGUAUUUCUUACAUACGAGUGCUCGUCGACGACGAUCCCGAAGAGGACAUCACACCGUAUUUUGAUUACAUAGCCGAUAAUAUCGAGUCAAUGGCCCGCAGACAUCGCCACACAUGCAUACACUGUGUGGCCGGUGUGUCCCGAUCGGCGGCACUGGCCAUAGCCUAUCUGAUAAAAUAUAAGAAUAUGACACUAAAAGCUGCUUUUAAUCAUAUAAUCCGUCGCCGACAGUGUGUUAAACCGAUUACCGGUUUUAUUCAACAGCUCAUGGAUUAUGAGCUGAAAAUUCGCGGCUCAAACUCGUGUCAACUGAUUGUUUAUAAGACACGUGAGGGCGACGUUCAGGUGACUGUCCCUGACUUCUGGAUCAGAGAACAUCCGUUGAUUAUGAAUCUGGAGAUCGAAACCGAAAGGAAACGAAAUCGAGAGGAAGGACUUAACGCAGCCUCGAGUUUCAGUCACGUGUCGACCAAAAGGUCUAAAUACGGCGAUAUCUCACAAAUUCAUUGAUUAGUUUUUUAUUUAAAUAUCAUUUAUGA